CCACCUUCAGUUCCUCGCGUCUGCAACGAAAAGAUGACAGAGACUCAGACUCAGUCUACUGCGCCCGAACACACCCUCCUCCAUCGCGUCGCCUCCAUCCCGUUAGUCGCAGACUCACUUGAAUCAAUCCACCACACGCUGUCCACGAACCCAUACACGCGUUCGCCGUAUGCAACGGCACAGGGGCUUUCCAAAGCGGCGUUCGGAUACACGGAGCCUAUUCAGAAAACAUUUGCCCCGCUUCUCGUGCGCGCGGAGGGGCUUGCAAACAAGGGACUUGACGUAGUAGAGUCGCGAUACCCAUACCCGUUCAAGACUCCGACGGGGGACAUCGUCAAGGACCUCAAGGGGCGCAGCGACCAAGCACGCGACCUGGCCAACAAGACGAUCGAUGAAAAAGUCAAAACGCCUGCUCUGACCGUGGUCCAGGGUAUCGACCAGCGAUUUGCACCCGUGCUCGACUACUUCCAGGAUGCUGUAAAGAAGAUUUAUUCAUCGACCGGGACUUCAGAGUCGGCCUCUCCCACAGAACCUCCGAAGUACCAAUACCAGCGUGCCCUCGCGCUUUCGAAGGACCUGAGUGAUCAGCUCGUCAAGCUUUCCGCGGAGCAGAUCAACCAAAUUAAGACCCAGAAUGUAUUGGUGAAGCAUGCUACGGAGGCCGCACAACAGGUGACUACUGUCGCCUCAUCGAGCUACGGUGCGGCGCAGGAAAAAGUGCACGCUGUGAGUGACGCCAUGCUUCAAGAACUGCGUAAGGUUCAGCAAUCCACUGCCACGCUCCCCACCCAGCUCCAAUCGUCCUUCAAUGACAUCUCCGUGCAUCUUACGACUACUAUUUCCGACAUCUCCUCCAUUCUUACCUCUUCCGACCCGCUGAACGAGAAGGUUCACAAGAUCCGCGACCACGUCCAGGAGCGUGUCAACCCGCUUCUUGAAGCUACUCAGGCGCGUGCACAGGAGAUUCUCGACUCGCUCCGAGGCAAGGCCGCCGAGAACACCGAUGCUGCGACUAACGGCAGCGCUAAUGGCUCUAUUAACGGAAAUGGCGCAGCCCACUAAGCUCGAGUCGGUAUCUGGAUUCUGUUCUGGCCAACAUAGACGGUUAUGAUCGUGUUUUUGUAUCCAUUGCGUGCCAGUUUCAUUCUCCUCCCUUCCCCCUGGAACCCCACUUUCUUUCUCAUUCAUAGUAUCGCAUGCGUCUCUACAGUAGUUCUUUCCCCAUAAACUGUGAUUUAUUCUCGAGCACCGUAUGUAUCCUGUAGACAAGUUCAACUAGAACGUGACACUCUAUACUGUACCUACUUGUAAACACAUUUU